AUGACUCGGCACGCUACAGAAACUGUAGUCGGUGAAAGUUGGCGACAGGGUCAAGAUGACCCAACGAUCGAGAGUCGGGAGAUCAGUAGUGAUUCCGACGGAGCAAUCCAAAUAUCACAUCUGAACUUGGUUGAUCUUGCUGGCUCGGAAAGAGCAUCACAAACCGGAGCAACAGGAGAUAGAUUCAAGGAAGGAAAACACAUAAAUCUUUCUCUGUCGACACUCGGUCUAGUCAUAAAGCAACUAAGUGAGACUCAGGACAAAGAAAAACCCAAUUUCGUAAAUUUUCGGGACAGUAAAUUGACAAGGAUUCUCCAGGUUUCCCUCGGUGGAAAUUCGUUAACUGCUAUCAUUUGCACAGUGACACCAGCGACUUUCGAAGAAACCUACUGCACGCUAUCGUUCGCGUCAAGAGCGAAGAGCAUAAAAAAUAAACCUAAACUCAAUGAAGACUUGAGUGAAGAAGCUCUCCUGAAAAGAUACAGGAAACAAAUCGUCCAGCUUACGAAAGAACUUGAGGUAUAA